UGCGAUUAAUCGACAGAAAUUGACAGCACUAUCUUUCCUUUCUAUUUUUUGUGGAGCGCCUAUGUUGUUGUGUAAUCCGGAGACUGUAAAAAAAUAGCCUAAUUAAAUUUAAAGGAAGCAAUAAAAAGGACAAAAGUUGAAAUGUUACCACAAGUCGUUUGGCAUACAUUUAUCAAUUCUUAAAACAAAAGCAAUACUGUUUAAUGGUAAUUAAGCAAUACUAAAUAUUCAUGUUUAAUGCAUUACCUUUUUGUAGAAAAUGUUUAAUAAACGUUCAAAAAUGUAUAAAACCGACACAAAUACAAAGAUCACAUUUACAUAAAUGUGUGUUUUAAACGAGCUUUUUUAAAAGAUUCGUUUUUGUCAUUAAUCUUCUUUUUCAUCCUUGUAUUCUUUGAUCACCUGUUGAAGUUGUAAUGAACUGCCACCUUGUGGCAUAAAUGAACGACUUAAGCGCACAGCGGGUCCGCCAGCAAGAGAAACCUGUUUUCCUCAUCAUCUCUGCUGACUGUUACCUUGGGAGAAAGUCACUUUUUCUUUAUGACUGUUUUGCACAAAAUUUUACCAGUGAGUGUUUUCCCUCCAAAAAACAUCCAAAAUUCUUUGCCUUUGUAACUUCUGUAGUGGUUUAUUUUUGUAGCCUAUGUUACAAAUAUACUCUACAAUCAGAUAAAGUGUAAUCUGUCAGCAAUAUUAAAAACCCAGUGCACAUAGCAGGACAAGGCACGAUACAGCUGGACGAAAUGAGACUUCAACAUAGGAAGCCUGUGGUAGUACCUCCUCCUCUUUUUUUUUAAUGAAAGUCUGAUAGAAGCGCACUCUCUCCAUAGAAGACGAUUGAUUUUUUUCUACAUUUCUGACUUGGCGUGCACUUCAGCCCACGUGCAUUUAGAUGUUCAGUGGCAUAGACACCUUCUCUGGGAGCAAAGUUCUUUGAGGAGCUUGUGGGAAAAUAGGCCAGUUUUGCUCAACUUACUGGUGAAGGCACCAUGUCACUCAACAAUCAUCACAUCUUUGUUGAACAGCAGAUCUCACACAAACUCAAAGCGAAAGUGUUGCGAGCUGAAAAUGUCACCAAGGGACCUCUUGGAGACUUGUUGGAUACCCCCGAUCCAUAUGUGGAGUUGUUCAUCCCCACUUCCCCAGAGAGCAGAAAGAAAACCCGACAUAUAGACAACAACAUCAAUCCAGAGUGGAAUGAGACCUUCGAAUUCAUCCUUGACCCCAACCAAAACAAUGUGCUUAAGCUGACAUUGAUGGAUGCUAACUAUGUUGUGGAUGAAAUGUUGGGUACAGCCUCAUAUGACAUCUCUAAACUUGAAGUUGGACAAACAGUACUGGUGUCAUUUCUUAUAGGAAAAAUGACCAAUGUGUACCUAGAGCUUUCUUUGGAAGAGUGCUCAGCAAUGGACCUGCGAUUCAAUCUGGAUCUGUGCCCCAAAGAAAAGCUCUAUAGACAACACAGACGCGAUAGAGUCAUGCUGGGCAUUAAGAAAUUGCUGCACAUGGAGAAACCUUCCUCCCUCCCUUGCUGUCCUCAAGAGGUUCCAGUGAUUGCAGUGCUGGGAUCAGGGGGAGGUUUCAGGGCAAUGGUUGGGUUUUCAGGAGUUAUGAAAGCAUUGUAUGAGUCUGGAGUUCUGGACUGUGUCACAUAUGUUGCUGGCCUCUCUGGAUCCACCUGGUACAUGUCCACUUUGUACUCCCACCAAGAGUUCCCCACUAAGGGCCCAGAGCAAAUCAACAAGGAGCUGAUGAAUCGUGUGAGCAGUAACCCUCUCCGACUUCUCCUUCCCAAACACAUCACUAACUACGUACAUGCCCUGUGGAGCAAGAAGGCCACAGGGCAGCCUGUUACGUUUACAGAUAUCUUCGGGAUGUUGAUCGGUGAGACGCUUAUUCCCUCAAGGAUGGAUACCAAGUUGAGUGAGUUGCAGGAAAAGAUAAAUGAAGCUCAGGCUCCUCUGCCCUUGUUCACUUGCCUGCAUGUAAAACCAGAUGUCUCUGAGCUUAAGUUUGCAGAUUGGGUGGAGUUCAGUCCGUAUGAGAUCGGAAUGGCUAAAUAUGGAACCUUCAUGACCCCUGACCUUUUUGGAAGCAAGUUCUUCAGGGGUAAUGUGGUCAAGAAGCAUGAGGAGAACCCUCUUCACUUUCUUAUGGGUGUGUGGGGCAGUGCCUUCUCCAUCCUGUUUAACAGAAUUCUGGGAUUCAAUGAUGUGAACAACGGCAGUACCAUGGAGGAAGAACUAGAACAGAUCAAACCAGAACACAUUGUAGGAGAGGACAGUCUAGAUAAUGAUGAAGACCCACAUAAAGAGGACGAGUAUCAGGCCAGCUGGAUGCAGCGCAUGGUUAGCUCUCUUUUCAGUGACUCUGUUCUUUUUAAAACUCGAGAAGGCAGAGCAGGAAAAGUACACAACUUCAUGCUGGGCUUAAACCUCAACAACGAUGUGCCACUUUCCCCUUGCAUUGAAACCUUCAGUCCUGUGGAGGAUGAGGUUGAUGCGGUCACAGACCCAUUUGAGUUUGACCGCAUCUACGAGCCGUUAGAUGUAAAGAGCAAAAAGAUUCAUGUGGUGGACAGUGGACUGACCUUUAACCUGCCUUAUCCUCUGAUUCUAAGACCUCAGAGAGGUGUUGACCUCAUUAUCUCCUUUGACUUUUCUGCCCGACCGAGUGACUCUAGUCCUCCAUUUAAGGAACUUCUGCUAGCUGAGAAAUGGGCACGAAUGAACAAACUUCCAUUUCCCAAGAUCGACCCAAAGGUGUUUGAUCGGGAGGGGAUGAAGGAGUGUUAUGUAUUUAAGCCCAAACAAGGAGAAAAGAACUGCCCUACUAUUAUCCAUUUUGUCCUGGUCAAUAUCGAAUUCAGGACAUUUAAAGCCCCAGGUGUUCCACGUGAGACGGACAAAGAGAGAGAAUUUGCAGACUUUGACAUCUUCGAUGACCCAGAGACGCCUUACUCAACCUUCAAUUUUCAAUAUUCCAAUCAAGCCUUUACCCAGCUACAUGAUCUUAUGGAGUUCAACACACUUAACAACAUAGAGGUCAUCAAAGAAGGCAUUAAGGACAGUAUCUUGUAUAGGAAAGAGAUUCCAUCUCGCUGCUCUGCCUCUCUUUCUCUCAGUGAAGUGCAAAACAAAAAACACCUAAAGAGGGUGUCCAAAGGACAAGCAUGCCAAUAAGUAGGCGGAGUAUAUGGCAUUCUAGCCAUAGGAAGUUUACAGAUGUCACACAUCUCAUCAUGGAAACAUUUUAUUUUUAUCUGAAAAGUAACUCCACAAACUGUGAAACCAGAUGAUCUGGUUUGGUUCCCAGAACAUGUAGUCUUUUAAUAAUAAAAGAAAACUGUUGAGUGACAUAAUGAAAUUAGCAUUUACAGUCUAAUGUUGACAUUAGGAUGUGCAGGUGUUUUAGUCAUUCCAAAAAAAAGUGGUGUUAACUUCUGUUAAGAUAAAUAAUGUCUGUUUACGGUGCAGAGAGGUUUACUUUUUAAAGUUAGUUCACCCAAAACAAAACUUCUAUUAUCAUUUCCUCACCCCUAUGUUGCUCUAAACCUGUAAUUUUUUUCCUUCUGCAGAAGAAAAACAAUGGGGUCCAAAAACAAUGACCUGCAUUGUUUAAACAAACAAAAAAUUUUCUAAAUAUAUUCUUUCGUGUUCUACAGAAGUCAUGCAGGUUUGAAACAACAUGAGGGUGAGAAUUUUAUUUUUGGUUCAGUUAUUCCUUUCAAUGGAAAAUUAUCUUUUGAUUAUAAUAACUGAAACAAUCCCAAGGAUGUGACCAAAAGCACCUUUGGGCUUUUGGCGUGUUUGCUUUAUGUUUUAAUGGCAACUCCUAAAACAACAUAUGAGGUCCUGAUUUAUGUUUUAGGAACUGAGGGAGUGCCUCAACAAAAGAGUAACAUCCUGAGGUACAAAACAGAACAUGAAACCAUGGCAAUCCUGUCACUAUCCCGCUUCAGUUGGUUUAAUGGGUGUUUAUUUUAAAUUUUCACAGAGAUAGUUUUUAUUUCUAGCUGUGUCCUUCCCUUUUGCCCUUAACCACUAUUGCCUGUUAGUAUCUGAGUGAAAGGCAAAAGAAAUGGAGGUGUUAGUUAAUCCUCAAACCAACACCAAUCAAUAUCAGGAUGAUAUUAUGCACACAGUACAAUAAGAUCAUGAAGGUAGCACAGAAACACUGUCUUUAGAAUUUUGACUCCACUACACCUGCUGCAUCUGCAAACUUGGUAAAUGAUAUAAACUAAUGAAGAAUGGCUGUGAAGAAGUAAGUGUCAUGCUCUGUCUUACCAUAGAGUGUAUUUGUACUUUUUUGCCCUUUGUUGGGAUUAUCUUGGAAUUUAUUGACAAGGUUAUUGGUAGUUUGUACUUGCAGACUCACUAAGUAUUCAUUUAGUAUUUAUUCGUGUAGCCAUGAAUACUUAAAGCAUGUUAAAAAGUACGUUUUAUUACAAAGCAUUUGUAUGCAUUGUUUACACUUAAUAUAACAUCUUAAGAUGGCGAUGGAAUAAUAAAUCAGACUUUAAACAAUGA